UUGAAAGGUCUCAAAAUAUGUUUCCAGGGAAUAUUUUGUGUUCGUUCGCGCUUUUGAUGAUCAACAAUAUAUCUUUUCUACUUCUUGUUUGGACUAUUGAAAGAGACAAUUUAACUAUGUAUAUUGUCCAAGAGGCAUUUAUAUAUUCAACAACAAAUUAGAAUGCUGCCACUUGAUGGCUUAAACGCCAAAGGUGCCCACUUGGGAUGACUUUUCUAGUCAAAAUAUCACUGCCGUGUAGUUGUUGUUCCCCAAAGUCUGAAUUCAGAGGGAAGACUCAAAAGACAUUGUACUUCUCUUCUCUCCAUAAAUAUGUUGAAGAUGUCAAGCUGAUAGUUGCAGAAGUGAAAAUGGAAUCUUCACUAAAGGAAAACAUGAUUCAACAAUCAUCAAGGCCCAAAAAGGGUGGUUUUAGAACCAUGCCCUUCAUCAUAGUGAACGAAUCAUUUGAGAAGGUUGCUGGUUACGGAUUGAUGCCAAAUAUGAUCUUGUACUUGAUGAGUGGUUAUCAUAUAGCGACUGCAAAUGGAGCUGCCAUGCUGGCCAUGUGGUCUGCUGCAUCUAACGCCAUGGCUAUUGUGGGCGCUUUUCUUUCUGAUUCAUAUAUUGGCAGAUUUUGGGCCAUUCUUCUGGGUUCCUUCUCCAGUCUUCUUGGCAUUGCUCUUCUAUGGUUAACAGCCAUGAUCCCACAGUUGAAGCCUCCUCCCUGUACCCAGUUUAGCAGCAACUGUGAAUCAGCAACGCCAGUGCAACUCUUGGUCUUACUAACCUCUUUUGGGCUCAUAUCGAUUGGUGCUGGCUGCAUCAGACCAUGUUCCAUGGCCUUUGGUGCUGAUCAAUUGGACAAGAAAGACCGUCCCAAUAAUGAGAGGCUAAUACAGAGCUUCUUCAACUGGUACUAUGCAUCAAUAGGUGUUUCAACAAUUAUGGCAUUGACAUUAAUAAUUUAUAUUCAAGAUCAAUUGGGUUGGAAAGUGGGUUUUGGUAUUCCUGCACUUCUAAUGGUGUUUUCAACUGUCAUAUUCUUGAUGGGUUCUAAUCUUUAUAUUAAAGUGAAGGUUGAGAAGAGCUUGUUUACUGGCUUUAUUCAAGUGAUUGUGGCUGCUUUUAGAAAAAGAAACCUUGAUGUAUCAGACAAUAAUCUAGAGUACUACCAGGGCCAAGGUACAAAUAUCUACAUUACUCCAACCGAGAAAUUAAGGUGUCUUAACAAAGCUUGCCUGAUGGAAAAUUCUGAGGACUUAAAACCAGAUAGAACAGCUUCAAAUCCAUGGAAACUCUGCAGCAUAGACCAAGUAGAAUCACUUAAAGCACUUCUAAGAAUUAUCCCUAUGUGGUCCACUAGCAUCAUUGUUCUAGUUACUUUGAACCAAAAUUCAUUUGCUGCACUCCAAGCCAAGACUAUGGAUCGCCAUGUCACUUCAAACUUCCAAAUUCCAGCUGGAUCAUUCACAGUGUUUGCCGUAGUCACACUAACAAUAUGGGUUGCCACAUAUGACAGAGUAAUUGUUCCAAUUCUACAAAAAUUCACAGGAAAUCCAUGCGGGUUCAGUCCAAAAAUUCGAAUGGGAAGUGGGUUGAUACUUUCUGCAGUGGCUAUGACAGUAUCAGCAAUGGUGGAGAGCAUGAGGAGGAAAACUGCCAUAUAUGAAGGGUUGGUUGAUAAGCCUAACAUUGUGAUGCACAUGUCUGCUGUGUGGCUAAUACCACAAUUUUGCUUGCUUGGGUUGGCUGAGGCUCUGAAUGCAAUUGGGCAGAUAGAGUUUUAUUACUCACAGCUUCCUAAGGCCAUGUCUAGCAUAGCCAUAGCUCUUUAUACACUCGGAAUUGCUUUUGCCGAUUUGUUUAAUGGUGUUUUAGUGAAAAUUGUUGAUGGAGUUACAAAGCAAGAUGGGAAAGAGAGCUGGCUGUCAAAUAACCUGAAUAAGGGUCACUUGGAUUAUUACUAUUGGGUUAUUACCAUGCUAUGUGUGGUUAAUUUUGGCCUUUUUCUAGUCUGUUGUGGGGCAUUUGGACCUUCCAGCGAUUGGAAGAAAGUGCCCUCCAAAAUAAGACUAGAAAGAAAAGAAGAUACAUCACCACUAAUUUGAUAUGCUUGUACGUAUUUUUUUUUUAUAAUUGUACUUAAGAUACUUGAGAUUGAUUAAUUUAACCUACAAUUUUAAUGUCC